AUGCCGGCUUCAGGUAGAGGCGCUCUUCCUUCGUCCAAGUCUAACCUUUUCGAGAACGAUUUUCGAACGAGCAAGAAAGAUAAACGCCAAAUUAAACAUGCUGCCCUAAUGUCCAAGAUAGAGAAGAACUCUCAAAAGACUACGAAACGCCGACGGGCUUCCAAGAAACUUGUUGCCAACCUUGAAUCGCUUGCCGAUGCCUUGCCAGAGACCGAGGUCGAAAUGAAUGAUCCCAGCAAUCAGGUGAAUGUCAUUAAACAGAAGACUCUGAAGCAUAAGCCUGGUGCUAUGAAGCGUAGGCAGCGAUUAGAACAAACCGAAAGGGAUCGUUUUGCAAAGAACAUGGCGCAGCUGUCAAAUAUUGAGGUAACUGCUCCGCCAAAUGCAGAAUCAGACACCCAGACCGGCUCCUCGUCGAACCGUUGGGCCGCACUUCGCAGUUUUAUUUCGCAAACGAUGGAACAGCAGCCCGCUUUCAAGGCAAUGAAAUGA